AUGUAUUUAGUUGCCAUUAAAACGAAAGAAGGAGAAGAAGAGCUGGCUGCAUUGUCUUCGGGAACAGUGGUUAUUAUAAUAGGACAGAGUGUAGUGUUAGCAUAUGCUAGUCAAUCAAGUUGGACUGUUGAGACUACACAAGGAUUAGUUAAAGGCUCUAUAGCCCCAGACGGCGAUUAUUACACUUUCCUGGGUCUGAAAUAUGGUGAAUCUAUAAUAGACAAAAAUAGAUUUAUGUCGCAAGUGGAAAUCCACAAGCAAGAACUCAUAAUUGAAAGUAAAACUAUUCAAUCGCUAACGGAACAAUUAUCAAUCAAGGAUCAACAAGGACGAUUAAAUAAUCUGGAGAUCUUAGGAAUACCCUCCAAAAAAGGUGAAAAUCUGAUUGGUAUUCUAAAAAAUAUUGCUACGAAGGUUGGCUUCGAUUUAAUUCCCGCGGAUAUCGAUUAUAUACACAGAGUACGUCGAUUUGGAUCGAACUCAAAAAGUCAUGUAGAUAACCAGCUGCCACCUAACAUUAUCGUUAGGUUUACCCAGCGCAAGAGAAAAAAUGAUAUGCUAGCAGCGGCGCGAGUACGACGUGGGCUCACGUCAGCUGAUGCUGGAGUGGAUGGACCUCCGACCUCAAUUUUUAUCAAUGAUCACCUCACCCCACAAAAUAAGAUACUCUACAGACGAACUAGGGAACUUGGAAAAGAAAAAGGAUAUAAAUAUAUAUGGAUAAAUAACUGUCAGAUAUUUGUACGUAAAAGUGAUACAUGCAAGGCUGUUCUGAUACAAAAUGAUAGUGAUUUGUCCAAAAUAAAGUGA